CCCAAACAAGCUAAGUUCACAACAGUCGGCCGAGUGUGUCCAUUGAGAAACAUCAGAGGAAAGGAGGGUGGAUGCUUUCGUGAAGAGUUUAUACCAUAACUGAUUUUCGGGACGACUGUAAACUGACGAUUUCUCGGUCGUGGAUUGUUAAUAACCAGCCAUGUCGACAGAUACGGUUUUACAGGUGCACAACUUAAAACAAACGGUGGACGCGUUGUCCGAGAAAGUCGACAAGAACCACGCUGAACUGCUCGCCGUUGUCAGUAAGAAGAAGCCAAGCGAGGGAGACGAGAACCUUGAGCGGGGCAACUGGGGCAGCAAGGUCGACUUCUUCCUCUCAUGCCUGGGAUACGCCGUCGGCCUCGGCAAUGUGUGGAGGUUCCCCUAUCUGGCCUACCGGAAUGGAGGAGGUGCGUUCUUUAUCCCCUAUACAAUCAUGCUGGGGCUUGUGGGCAUCCCAAUCUUCUUCCUUGAACUCUCUCUGGGCCAGUUCACCAGUAGCGGACCCGCCACAUGCUGGAAGUUUGCGCAGCUUUUCAGGGGAAUUGGUCUGGGCAUGGUGAUCGUGUCUUCCCUCGUCGCCAUCUACUACAACAUGAUCAUCGGCUGGGCCUUCUACUACCUGUUUGCCUCCUUCACUUCCAAGCUUCCGUGGUCCGAGUGCGGGGAUUGGAGCUCAAUAUACUGCUUGGACCGCCUGCCAGUCAUGAACAAGACCAGCUGCGAAAUGAACUCGUGGGAGCAAACUAUAAAUGGCACUUGUUUAGACGUUAACGGAACUCUUAUGGCCCUGCACAACGAAACCCAGUCCAAAGCAACCAUGGGUAUUAAAAGGAAACUACCAAGUGAAGAAUACUUGAACAACGUGGUCCUAGGAUCUGGCUUUAGCGACGGGAUUGGUGACCUCGGCCCUGUAAGGUGGCAGCUCGUCCUGUGUCUCCUCUUGGCCUGGAUAUUCGUGGCGGCCACUCUCAGCAAGGGUGUGAAAUCAUCCGGUAAGGUUGUUUACGUCACUGCAACCUUCCCCUACCUCGUGCUGGUUAUUCUUCUCAUCAGAGGAGUGCUGCUGGAUGGUUACGAGAAAGGAAUAGAGUUCUACAUCACACCUAAACUCGACAGGCUAUAUGAUGCUCGGGUUUGGAAGGACGCUGCUGUACAAAUCUUCUUCUCGCUAUCGGCGUCGUGGGGAGGACUGAUCGCCCUCUCCAGUUACAACAAGUUCCACAAUGACGCUUUCAGGGAUGCACUUUUGGUUUCUCUUGGCAACUGCUUGACGAGUCUGUUUGCUGGUUUUGUCAUUUUCUCGUAUCUUGGUUUCCUGGCAACAGACCUCAACAUGCCCAUCGACGAGGUCGCCGAAAAAGGACCCACACUAACCUUUGUGGUGUAUCCAUUCGCUGUGACCAAGAUGCCCAUCUCGCCCCUAUGGGCCAUCUUGUUCUUCAUCAUGCUGGUCACUCUUGGCGUGGACAGCGAGUUUGUGCUGGUGGAGACGGUCACCACUUCCAUCAUGGACAUGUUCCCCCAGACCAGGAAGUACAAGUCAUUCACAGUGGUCUGUUGCUGUGCUGUCUUCUUCCUGCUCGGCCUGACUCUCACCACCAAUGGUGGCCUGUAUAUGCUGGAUCUGAUGGACACCUACUCCGGGGGAUGGAACGUUCUGGUCAUCUCCUUGGUUGAAUGUAUCGCCAUCAGCUACGUUUAUGGUGUGAAGAGGUUCCUGAAUGACAUUGAAUGCAUGACUGGAGUGAAGGUGUGCGGUUUCAUCCCGUGGGUGGUGGUCAAAUACUGGUGGGCAGCCUGCUGGGUCUUCUUCACCCCCUUGGCUGUGACCUGCGUCAUGGUGUUCUCGUGGUAUGACUACACCCGUCUGGAUGGCUACCCAAUGUGGGCUGACGCUCUAGGCUGGUUGAUGACAUUCGUCGUCAUCCUUGGCAUCUUUAUUCCUGCCAUCGUCUACCUCUGCAUCACACCGGGAUCUAUUGGAGAAAGAUUCCGGAUUCUGACGAAUCCCCGGGAGGAUUGGGGCCCCGCGCUGGUGAAGCACCGUCAGCUUGUGGCUCGUUACGUCCCGAACUACGUGGUGGACCCCUGGGGAAAGGAGGACCAGAAUGGCAUCUCGCCAUCAGAUAUAUCCGUGGAGAUGCAGAAACACGCACCUGGCUACACACCCAGUCCUGAAUACUACGCCCAGAAAAUGUGAUAUCUUCUGCGGCAACCCCCACAGCGGCAACUACAGCUUCUACACAGUCGCAGCAGGAUCAACACAGACGACCACCACCCCGACUUCGUUAGUUAGCAAUGAGGACCAUCAGCGGCAACAGCCAGUUCAUCGUGGUUGCCUAUCCAAGGGAGACAAGGCUUCAUAAUAAACCCAAUUUGUCGCACUUUCCCUUUUUACUAAACCAACGUUAUAUUUGCUUGCUAACCUUGGAGAUAAGUAUAAUCGGUUUGGAAAACCCACGAAUGUAUUGUAUAUUUGCAAAUAUGUCACCUAACCGGUGUAAUUGUAAAUGUGUUGAUCGUUAUAUGUAUAUAUGUAGAGUUGAUAGUAUAUACAGAAGUGCUUGAAAGUCAAGGUCAUUUAUCCAUCUCCCGAAUACUCGAUUUUCUCUCAUUACUUGCUGUCCGGAUGGCACAUCCAUAUCAUUUGUACUCAUGAAAAAAGGUUUUACGCUGUCUUCAAAAUGUAAGGAAAAUUUGUAAAUGAAGGUAAACAUACAAGUGUUUCUGAGUGACAAAUACAAGAGUCAUGUCCCUUCCCAUAUCAAUCUAAUCGGAGGUUUAAUUCAGUACCGAAUCUUGUAGCUUGGUAGCUAGAUUGUAGGAAUGAAGACUGUCAUUACCCAUACAUAUCUUACAGUAGUAUUUUUAUGUCAGAUAAUCCAAGAGCGAAACCGAUUAACCUUGCAUGCCAGCAUUCAUUUUUCAACAUGAUUUUAUCCAAGGUAUGUUUUGGUGCGUGAGAGGUCGGUGUACAUCAUUCGUGAACACAUGUUAAAUGUUGGUAUCCGAUCAAUAUUUGUACACGUGUAUAAUUGGAACUAUGUGUUUUAGAUAAAAUUGUGAAAAAAAUAUUUUCUUUCCGUUGAGCAAAGAUUUCACAACAUAUGUCUGUACAACUCUUUAAAGUAUAUUUAGAACACAAUGUAGAUUUUUCUAUGUUACAUUUUAACUUUUGUAAUAAAAGAUCAUAUACGUGUGUCAAA